AGCACCCAUUCUUGUCCCACUCGGACUCCUUUACAACUUGUACUACAGCAUCAUGAUCGCUGCUUAUGUGAAAAGCAAAGGAGAUGCUAUCAGCCACAGGCCUCAUUGGUGUGAGUAGUCGUGUUAGUGCCAGUUGCUGCGGAACAGCCAAUCACCACUACGAUCGGAUAAUCGGCUUUCGUACUCCGUAGUGAACUUCAUCGUCCUCUUUCUGCUCCAUAUUUUGAGCACAUCAUCACCGCAUAUGGAGUAUGACCGUUAGAGUCAUCACCACAGAAUCGGCGUAUGUGCCGAUUCUGUUCCGCUUGUCAAUUCCAUGUACAUGGAAUCAUUGUCUCAUGUCCUAGAAAAACCCCCACGCACGAUUGUCUGAUGAAGUGGAACAACCAGACGUUCACCCACAAUUUCUCCGGCUAUGGCAAAAUCUCGCUCCCCAAGAGAACUCCGCCAUGAUCAACCUGCAAGCUCAACGACAAGCUAUAGCCUAGGGCCCCUCCAUUGCUUAACCUCGGGGAAUCCGAGUAUCCCUGUCGCAGGAGGGCAGGUCCACACCAUGAAUGUGGUGGUAUAUAUCGCCAUGUUGAGCAUUCUGCGACGCCCUGCUUUCCCCUCAGCUACUCGUAUACCCCUUGGCUAAAGAAACUCUGGUUGAUCGAGGCAGUGGAAUUCCUAGUAUGGCACCCUACUUCGGCCUCAGAGGUCUUCCUCUGCUCAUUGCUAUCACGUUUACUUGCUCUGUCGGAUUUCUUCUUUUUGGUAAUUCCCUUGCUUUUCACCCAGCCCGGACUCUAGACACGACUGACUCCUUCUCAGGAUAUGACAAUGGUGUCUUUUCAGGAUUGACAACGGACCCUCGGUUCCUUGACACUAUGGGAAACCCAAAUCCUACCCUCCUCGGGUUCAUCGUUGCUGUUUACGAACUCGGUUGUCUUGCUGGUGCUCUUGCCUCAGCUGUUUGGGGAGAGGACAUGGGUCGAAGGAAAUUGACAGCUCUCGGCUCGUUCGUUUUAGUGAUUGGCACUGUCAUCCAGUGUACUUCCUACGGCCAGGGUCAAAUGAUUGCUGGACGAAUUGUCACGGGAUUGGGAAUGGGCGGAAUCACGAGCGCUGUACCUGUAUGGCAGUGCGAGACAACACCAGCAAAGUGGAGAGGCCGGGCGAUCGCAGCAGAGCUCUCUACCUUGAUUGUAGGCAUUGUGAUCGCCUACUGGAUCGACUAUGGGUGUUCCACCUACACCAACGGUUUCCAGUGGCGCUUUCCCAUCGCCUUUCAAAUCGUCUUCGCUCUCCUUUUGAUUGUGCUGUGCUUUUGUCUCCCAGAGUCUCCACGUUGGCUCGCAAGCCAUGGCCGCGAACAAGAGGCACUCGAAACCAUCUGCGUCUUGAGAGACGGCCAUCCAGAAGAUGAAAUAGUAGCGUUGGAGUUCAACGAAAUCAGAGACGCAAUCGCUCUUGAAGAAGAAGAGUCUGGCAGCUGGAAAGACUGUUUCUCUGAUGGAGGCAUUAUGGGCUGGCAGCGAGUUGCCAUCGCAUGCUCUGCACAGGCGCUGCAGGAAUUCACCGGUACCAAUAUUAUUACCUACUAUGCACCUUAUGUGAUGGUUCACUCGGUCGGACUGAACGCUCACCAGUCUCUUCUCCUGUCCGGCGGACUUCAGUUGUGGUUCUUGGCGGCCUCCUUUAUUCCCUGGUUCAUUCUCGAUAAAGUCGGGCGACGCAAGCUUUUCAUCUUUGGAAACUUGGGCAUGGGGUCAUGCAUGCUGAUCUCGGGCUUGACGAUCAUGGCGGGCGGGCGGAACAACGGUAUCGCCGCUGUGGUAAUGCUGUAUAUGUUUCAGGCUUUUUUCACUUGGGGGUGGAUGAGCAACAUGUGGUCCUACCCGUCUGAGAUUCUACCCCUGCGCAUUAGACAACGCGGCUCGGCUCUGUCCGUGGUGUGGCAGUGGCUUAUCACGUUCCUAGUGGUUGAAAUAACGCCGGUCGGAAUAGCCAACAUUGGAUGGAAACUAUAUGUGGUAUUCUGCAUUCUCAACUGGGCCAGCAUAUUCGUUGUUUGGUUCUACUACCCAGAGACCGCUGGCAAGACAUUGGAGAGCAUCGACUUCUUGUUCGCCAGCCAGACUAGCCUAAGACAGGUUGUGAAGUUGAGCAAGCGCAAGGAUAUCGAUGUGGCACACGAGAUGCAGCGCCAAGUGCAUCAGCAGAAGGUGGAAGGUGGAAAGACGGAGCAUGAGGAGGGAACAACGGUCGAGAUUGAUUCCAAGGCAUGAGCAGGCAUCAUGCAUAAACUCGAAAUUAAAAGCAUUCUGGACCUACAAGAAUCUCUGUGCUUGUAGAUAGCACCGUGUCUAGGCAGAUCGCAUGGGCGAUUCGGCGCUAGCACCAAGCUCUCAGGACAAGGCAGGUGAGGUGCGUGCCGCGUGAAAGACCUCCAGUAGAGCUCGUCAACAGUGCAAGCCAUCAUCUUCUUCUCGCUUGCACUAUUGGAGGAGUAACCCUUCGGUCAUGACGAGUCCUGGUAUAUGUGCUGUAAGGUCACCUCAAGCUUCCUUGAGCAAGACAAGCUUCCCAUAUGGCUAUGACAUCCGACGGCAAGAAACCGGUCAAGCUUUGCUUGGUGGGAUUCCAAAGGUCAUCCAUUACUUUCGGCGUGUAGUCCGGCCAGCGGAGUCACGAUAGAGGAACGAAGUACCACAUAUUGGAUGGGGGCUUGCGGAGGUACCCCAGCGCUCAUCCCUGAGUCGGACCCCCACGCGGCAUAGAACCAGGUGGACAGUACACCUAGGGAGAUGGUCGGACACAGAAGACGCGAGCUCAUGGACUGGGCGCCUCCAGUAAAAGUAGUCC